UGUUCGAUUUUGAAUUUUGAAAUUGGCAAAUGAUGCUGAAAAUGCGUUUAAUUAAUUCAAUUUUUUAUGAAGACGUUUGAUUUUUACAGUGUUAAAUAGUUUAAAUUUUAAAAAUAAUAUAGUUUUACCAUUUCAACUAUUUCAUUUCGUGCAGCUAUUAUUCCGAUUAUUGAAAUAAAAAGAUGCGAAUUGCAUUUUUCACACUUUCACGGUGAAAAAUUGAGAUUACUGAUGUUCAUGAGUGAAAUUUUCACCUUCCAAUUUACACUUUUUGAAAUCACUUGCCUUGACCUUGUUGAUCCUCUGUCAAACUUUCGUAACGAUAUUCUAUGUAUAGAGGUUAUGUUAUGCUAAAAUUGGGAGCAGAAAUGUCUUCCAACGACAACGAACGCGGCAUGUGACACACGUAUACUUAUUGCCGUGUAAAACUAUGAAAAUACGAAAAAUUAUAUCAUACUUAUUUUUAUAAACAAGAUCUCCUAUCUUUAAGAUUCUGUUAGCAAGUGAAUUGUGAAAAUGGAAGAUGAUAAACCGAGUAAUCUUUUUGAUAAAUUCGCAAGUUUUAUGGAACAUGAUACCAGAGGAGAAGAGAUUAUUACUUAUGGGAUUGCGGGUGUUGGAUUGUUGACUGCGUUGUACAGAAUAAGACCGUUUGCUAGGUUUACUAGUCCCUCUGAUGUGCCUCGUCAUUUUUUUAAGAAGAAAGUUUUACUGGAAGGUGUCGUUAAGAAUGUUGAACCAGCUGAUCAGCCAUAUCUCUUAGUAGAUCAUAAACCGUUAGUUCCUUUACCUAGAUUAGGAACGCCAAAAUAUCUACCUGUAAAAAUAGCCGGAGUCAAUAUAACUGGAAAUGGUCUCAGUUGGUUGCAAGCAGUGGUUAAGGGUCAGAAAAUCACGCUUUUACCAAUAACUGUUGAAAACCAGUUUCUUACUUGUAUAGUAAUGGUGCCUCAAAAAGAUAAGGAAACUUUUUCUGUUGGAAAGGAACUGGUUAAAGUAGGAUUUGGCACUGUACAAGAAAUACCUGUUUCAUUAGAAGACAAGGAAUUAAAGGGUUAUCAAAGAUCUCUACAACUUGCUCAAAAGUGGGCAGAAAGAAAGAGAAAUGGUAUAUGGCAGUUUAAGUACUCUCCAACUUUGUUAUGGAAACUCAGAAAUAACCUAGACAAUAAGUUAAAGUCUACACUUCCAGUUUCUUUGACGAGAUAUCUUAAUAUAUGAAUUUUGAUAGUUAUUGCUAUUGAGAUGAUUUGUAAAUGCAUAUUAUGAAUAUACAUUUUAUAGAUUAAUUUUAUCUUUAGAGGUAUAAAAGCAACUAUUGAUUUUUGAAUAUCAUGAACAUAAAUCAUUUUGAUCGAAUAAAGACUCGAAUUAUAUAUUUAUAUUAAA